AAGAAAGAGAAGGAGAGAGAAAGACAAAAAAAAACGAAGAAAGAAGGAAAAAAACUAGGGAAAGAUUGAAGAAAGUGUGUGAGAUUGAGAGACCCAAAAAGAUGGUCGAAAAGAGGACAAACCUCUGAGAUCAUCCUGAGAAGGGCAGUAAUAGAAGAAAAUCCCAGGAAAUUUGAUAGGUUUGGAGAAAAGUUGUGGCAAGGUUUAAGGCCAUAGAUAUCAUAAAAUUUGUGUGUGGUUUUUUCUCUUUUGCUGCCUUUUGAAGUUUUGAGUCUCAAUCUUUACCCCCACCCAAUCCAAAACCCUUAAUCUUUUGUCCAAAAUCCAAUCCAAAUUCAUAAUCACCACAACCACCCCAAUAGAGGAGAGUAAAAACGAAAGAGAGCUCGUUCAACACCCAUUUUGGUCCCCCUUGUUUAAGCUCUGCCCAGAUAAGAGAUACAAUCGGCUGAGCCUGUGAACAGGGCUAUGCGUGUGAAGAACAGGGUGUUGUAACCUCGACUCAAUGCGUUAUCAUGAGGGACCCUGAUAUGGUUCUGGGUUUGUGUUUGUAUAUAGCAUAGGUUUUGGCCUAGUUAGAGUUUUGUCUACUAACAAAAGGAAAAAGAGAAACGUUCAUUUUUGAGCAUAGUGGAAAGGGGUGGCUCGUAUCGAAAAACCUGGCGAUUUCGUGUAGGAAUUUAUUUGGCUUCUUGACUUUCAGAGGAAAUAGUUACUAUCAUCUCCAGCAUUUCUGCAUCUGGUUCAUCAGGCAAUGGGGGCUAGAUGGAACCCUUUGGGGUUCCGCUUGCUCUCUCUCUUUGCUAUGAUAUUUGCUUCUGCUGGGAUUCCGGGUUCUUGGUCUGCUAAUGAUGAAGGUGUGGCUUUGUUGGCAUUCAGGGAGAACAUAAAGUUUGAUCCUUUUGGUGCUUUGGAGAAUUGGAGUUCUAAGGAUGGUGACCCUUGCCUAUGGACCGGUGUUCAUUGUGUGGACAAUAAAGUGCAAUUGUUGAAUCUGACAGAUCUUUCUUUGGAAGGAACGUUGGCACCUGCCCUUGGGAAACUUAGUCACUUAAAAUCUCUUGUGCUCUACAAGAACCGUUUAACUGGUGAAAUUCCCAAAGAGAUUGGGGACCUUGCAAGGCUAGAGCUUCUAGAUUUGAGGGAUAAUGAUCUGAGUGGAACAAUUCCAGUUGAGAUAGGCAGGAUGUGUUCACUAAAACGAUUGUUGCUUGGUGACAAUAGAUUUGAAGGUGGCAUUCCCCUGCCCCUAAAGAGUGUCAACUUGCUCUCUGACUUGGUAAUUGUUAGUGAUCAUGAUACAUCUACUGGAGUCAGUGGAUUUGGCUCUGUAAACAGAAAAUUUGGACACUGCAUUUGGCAGAGCAAUUUAAAACAUUGGAGUAAUGUGAAUUCCUUAACAUUAAUGGUUAAAGGAACUCUUAUGCAUUAUCUCAACUACUUGCGAAUGCCAAGGCUCAGUAGUAGCAUACAGGACUCUCUGCAUGUCCAUGGAGACACUUGCUGUGAAAAUUUAUCUAAUUCAUUCGAGUCACACAUGAUCUUUGCACGCCGUAGGCUGCAUGAACAAACCUCCCUAAACCUCCCAGCUAUACCCUUUGUUGGUCCGGAACCAUCUAUACAGAUCAUUUCUCUUCCAACCAGCCGAAGUAGUGGCUCGUUUCCAGCUGUACCUGAUGCAAAAAAGAAGCUUUCUCCUCCACCUGCACCUGCACUGCUGGCUUCACCUCCUAAUCUUUCAUCACAGAAUAAUCAACAACAGGAUUCCCCAAAAUCAAGUAGCAAUAUGUGGAAGUAUAUUGUUACUGGUAUCAGUGUGGCUGUGUUGCUCAUUGUUCUUGUGAUGAUGUUCUUCAUGUGUCGAAGCCAAGCUGUUAAAACCAUAAAACCUUGGAAGACAGGAAUAAGUGGCCAGUUGCAGAAAGCAUUUAUCACAGGAGUUCCCAAGUUGAACAGAUCAGAACUAGAAACCGCCUGUGAAGAUUUCAGCAAUAUUAUUAGCACAAUUGAUGGUUGUAUUGUGUAUAAGGGAACACUCUCUAGUGGAGUUGAGAUCGCUGUUGCAUCUACAACACUGACUUCUUUGAAAGACUGGUCCAAGAAUGCAGAGAAGGCUUACCGGAAAAAGAUUGAUGUACUGUCACGAGUCAAUCACAAGAACUUUGUCAAUCUCAUUGGCUACUGUGAGGAGGAUGAACCUUUUACUAGGAUGAUGGUGUUCGAGUAUGCUCCAAAUGGAAACCUCUAUGAACAUCUCCAUGUUGAAGAAAUGGAACACCUUGACUGGACUGCAAGGGUUAGGAUCAUAAUGGGGACAGCUUACUGUCUUCAGUAUAUGCACCAUGAUCUAAAUCCACCUGUAUCACAUCCCAACUUAGUUUCAUCUUCUAUCUUUUUAACGGAUGAUUAUGCUGCCAAGAUUGCAGAGUUAUGUUUCUGGGCAACGUUGCCGAAGUCAAAGAAGGAUUCUGAUGAGGACGAUAAAGAGUAUUCCGAAUUACCACCCCUUGCUGAUCCAGAAACAAAUGUCUACAGCUUUGGACUAUUGUUAAUCGAGACCAUCAGUGGAAAGCGCCAUAACUCAGAAGUAGGGUGCCUUGUGGACUGGGCCUAUGCUUAUCUCAAUGAACAAAGAAGCAGCCUGGUUGAUCCAACUCUCAAAUCCUUCAAAAACGACGAGUUGGAUGUCAUCUGUGAGGUGAUCAAAGAGUGCACUCAAAAAGAUUCAAGAAAAAGACCAACAAUGAAUGAUGUCACCGAGAAACUGAGGCAAGUGAUUCCCAUCACUCCAAACCAAGCAGUCCCAAGACUCUCACCACUCUGGUGGGCUGAGCUUGAGAUCUUAUCAGUGGAAGCAACAUAACCUCAGCCUCCCUCUGAUUCUCUUCUCCGUGUUGUAAGCCAACAAAGUCUCUUUGUAUCAGUAAAAAUGCUGUAACAAUAUAUAGCUUUUAACAACUCUGUGCUCCCCCUGCAUAAAAAUUGGUCAUCAAUCCCACCCCACAUAAACCUUCAUGCUUGUAAUCAUAUCCCUUUUUGUCCUCCUUUUGUAUGUGUCCUUAUGAUUCAACCUAGGCUAUAUAUUCUUUGUGUUCAAUCAAAAAUCCAAUUGUUUUACUGGUGGAGUGCUGUUGUCCUAACUUAAAUUUAUACAACAUAUGUAUGUAUUUUUGUGUGAUCAAAAGCUUGGAUGUAAACUAAUAUGGCGCUGGGAAAUUAUUAUUACAUUUUAAUCA